AUGGUAGGUGUCUGUGGUGUGUGUGAACAGAACCAGUCCAAGUACAAGUGUCCAACUUGUCAGCUGCCAUACUGCUCCAUCGCUUGCUUCAAACAGCACAAGGAGACUCACGCAAACGACCCACCCAAAGAACAACCCACUCAGACAGUCCAGCCUACGCAAACUCUACCUUCUGAUCCAACGCCCUUGCCUGCCGUGAGGAAUGCGCUGCCAGGAAGCACCAAGAAGAUCGACUUCACCGGCUUUGAGUCAGAUCCAGAGCUUUUACGACUCCUCUCUAGAUAUCCAAAUCUGCGCAUACAACUGCAAAGCGUCUACGGUCUGACUCUAGAGCCUCCGCCGCAAGAGCAACGUUCAUUCUCUUCCUUCAGAGGUAGAGGUAGGGGCAGAGGAAGAGGAGGUUUCCAUCAGCAGUCACACUGGUCUCAAGCAAAAGGCGACAAGGAGGCCACAGAGUCUUUUCGGAACAUGAGAAACGUCGACGGCGAUAAUCAGGCUCUUGCUGAGUUUGUCCAGCUGCUCAGGAUGAGAUUUGCACCUGAAGCCGAUACUGCCAACACUUGA